ACUGCUUUUGGAGCUAGCACGCUCGCAAUCCUGGGCUAUAUUAUUUUCGCAUUCAACACCGUGUUUUUGGGUUGGCUUUCUGAGAAACUUAACGAACAUUCACUCGUCGCACCUCUCAGCCAAGCUAGGAUCUUACCGCUCUUAACCGUCUUGGUUUCUAUCCUGGAGAACGCUAGUCCGUGGGUCCGGUAUAUCAUGUUCGCGGACAUGAACGGGAUCUUGUGCGCGCAUUCCAUCCCGAUCGGCACGGCAUCGAAGGACUCAAAGCCGGUUGGUGCAAGAUCGGUAAGCGCAGCUGUUUACACCACAUACUACCAAGUUGGGAGUAUCAUUGCUGCCAACGACUAUCGCGAAGGGACAAGCUGUACUGGGAACUACACCAGCAACAGGGCGUUGGUGGGAUUGUGCUCAGCUAAUAUCGCGCUCUCAAUUGGAAUCAAGAUCUUGUACACCUGGGGCGACAAGGCCAAGGCUAGAGCUCUGCGGGAUCUCCCUAAGGGCGAGAGA